CAACAGUCUCCUCCCUCGGCCCCCCUCCAACAGGGGAAGGCGGAGGCGGAGGCGAUGGCGACUCCUCCCUCUCCUCGUCCUGGAUACCCUCCCCGUCAACCCUUUCUCGCGAGAUGACGACCACCCUGGGGACUGAAGCUGCCAGGGACGAGAACACAGCCACGCUCCCACCCGGCUGCCAACGAUCCCUCGGCGGCGAUGUCGGCCGCCGGUGCCCGAGGCCUGCGGGCCACCUACCACCGGCUCCUCGAUAAAGUGGAGCUGAUGCUGCCCGAGAAAUUGAGGCCGUUGUACAACCAUCCAGCAGGUCCCAGAACAGUUUUUUUCUGGGCUCCAAUUAUGAAAUGGGGGUUGGUGUGUGCUGGAUUGGCUGAUAUGGCCAGACCUGCAGAAAAACUUAGCACAGCUCAAUCUGCUGUUUUGAUGGCUACAGGGUUUAUUUGGUCAAGAUACUCACUUGUAAUUAUUCCAAAAAAUUGGAGUCUGUUUGCUGUUAAUUUCUUUGUGGGGGCAGCAGGAGCCUCUCAGCUCUUUCGUAUUUGGAGAUAUAACCAAGAACUAAAAGCUAAAGCACACAAAUAAAAGAGUUCCUGAUCAUCUGAACAAUCUAGAUGUGGACAAACCAUUGGGACCUAGUUUAUUAUUUGGUUAUUGAUAAAGCAAAGCUAACUGUGUGUUUGGAAGGCACUGUAACUGGUAGCUAGUGCUUGAUUCAAUAGAAAAAUAAAGCAAACUUUUAAUAACGGUCUCUCUACAUGACUUAAGGAACUUAUCUAUGGGUGUUAGUAACAUUUUUCUACCAUUUAUCCGUAAUAAACCAUACUUGCUCAUGUAUA